AUGACUUAUUGGGAAGUUCGCGAAAAACUCUAUAAAUUGUAUUUUGAUCAAGAUGAAGAAGAGGAUGAAGCCUCCGAAGGACAAUUCGGGGAGCUUCCAAAUACAAUCGAAACAGUUCCCUGGAACAAAGAUCUCGAGAAUCGCCUCUGCCAGCUGUACGUAAGGGAUGAUGUCGUGGACAUAUUUUGGUGCCGAAACAUCCCCACUGAUAAAAAAACAUUGAGUGUUUACGUAGUUACUCGGAAUCUUAGCCGACUUGAAUAUACAGAGGAGGCCACAAAAGGUCAAGUAAUUCAUUUUAUACCAGAAGAAAAAGGAUUUCUCAAUACCGAAAUUCCACCACAAAGAGCUUAUGAUCCUCUGCCAACCCAGAAUAAGUUCCCACAAGAUUUACAGAAGGCUUUUGAUGAAGCCUUAAACAAUGAACUGGGGUCAUCAUUCCGCGAAGUGAAUUAUAAACUGGUUGGUAUGAGCACCGGAUGUAAGCGAACUAAAGAGAUUCGUGAGUAUCCGGUAGAUGUUGUCGAGGCUUGUGUUGCAACUCCCUACGGUUUUGGUGCGAGUUAUUGUCAAGCUUAUAAGGGUGAUGUUAAGUUGGGUCGAUCUUCGCAUGAUGAUUUAGAUGAACGGAAACGAUUAUUAGUUGAAAUUGCAUUAGAUGAUGAAAUGUACAAAGAAGAAUCUGAAAUGCGCCAAAAGGACUUUGGUGUUGAUUCCGCUUUUUGUAUUUUCACAAACAAAAAUCAAAAGUUGUGUCCGAAUAAAUUUUCAGUUUCCCCAGAGUGCUUUGAAAAAGAAAAGCUUCCUGAAAACAUCUGUCUAAAUGGUUUUUAUACAUAUGAAAAUUUUGAUAACAUUGAUGAGAUUGAAGUCUUUAAAGUUGAAAGGGAAACAGGUCUUUCUUGUGUAAAAUUUGUUCCUAUUAGCUCUGCUAAUUGCAUUGAUCUCAGAGAUCUUGAUUUUACAAACAAAUGUAUCGAAUUCGCAGCAGAAACGCACGGCGAAAUCCCAACAUAUAAUAUUAUUACAGAUAAAGAACACUUUGUUCGAUACAUGAAGACACCGACGUUUCAAAAUUGUCAGAAAUGUUACCCAACUGUGUGGCUCGAUUGGCAAUUAAUUUUUAGUUUCAGAACUAGAGACUUCGAACCAGGAGACUCGGGAGCAAGUGUAGUGGAUCGAAAAGGAAAAGCCCUUGAAAAUUCUAAAUACGCUAUUGCUUCCCCUUACUUUGCAGUUUUUGAGGCAUUGGAUGUAGAACCUGUGGAAACAUAA